CGGACGGGACGGAGCGACGCGGCGCGGCGGAGCACCGGAGGACCGGAGCGGAGGAGCGGAGAGGGGACCGACCACACCACGGAUAUAAACACCUCAUGACACUUCCCACCGGCACGUAAGGUCAAUGUUGGGUCGGGGCGUGAAGCGGAAGUGGAGCUGCCUGGCGGAGCUGGAGGCCGAGGCGCUGCCCGGCGCCGGGGUCGGAGCCGGAGCCACGGAGGACAAGAAGGCGAGCGGGGAGGAGGACCAGCAGGGCCCGGCGUCCCGGUCCUACGUGAGCCGCCUGCAGCAGCGGCAGCUGGUGCUGGGGCUCUGCCUGCAGAAGCUGCAGCACUACCAGGCCGGCGUGGAGCUCAGCCUGCGGCGCUCCGUGCUGCUCAUCAACACGCUGCGGCAGAUCCAGGACGACAUGCGGAGCGACGGGACGGGAGCCUGCCCCCCGGACUCCUGUCUCCUCCGGGGAGAGGACGUGUCGCUCACGUGCCCGGGAUGUGGGCAGGUUGGUGAAGACCAACCAUCGUCCCCAGAGUUCCCAGAGUUCCCGUCUGCGGAGUGUCCGCCCACCCCGACCAGCACCACCUUUAGCGACGCAGGGAGCGCCGCGGGCUACCUCAGCGACCUGGCCCCGGACGACAUCUUCGAGGACAUCGACACGUCCAUGUACGAGACGUCGGAGCUGCCCUCGGCCUGGACGGCAGGCUCGCUGUGGCCCGUCAGCGUGGCCUUCUGGCCCGACGAGGACCUGAAGCCGCGAGCUCCCGGCCAUUCCCCCGCCGCCGGCCUGCAGUCCUGCCUGCUGGACCUGAACGAGCUGGACCACAUCAUGGAGGUCCUGGUCAAGUCCUGAUCCUGGACAACGUCAGGGCUCGGACUCAGACACUCGGUUAACGCCUCUAUUGUGAGGAAAGAUGGACCGUUAUUAACUUAUUCAUUUCAUGGACGUCUGAAGCAGAUGAAUUGUUGUCGACUACAGAUGAGAAUAAUUGUGCCGCGUGAAUAAUUCAUCAGGACUUUUUCCAGGGAAAAUAUUUUAUAAAACCAGAAAUUAUUUACAAAAGUAUUUAAGCAAUCGAGUGAGAAGAAAUAACUGAAAACUGCACAAGUCAGGACGGCCGUGUUUUUCACUGAUGGCUUUCCGCUUUCACUUCAGAUCGUCUUUGAUGGGGGAGGAGUUAAGUACGGUGG